AUGUCAGAUUUUUGGAAGACUGAGGCAAUGGGAGUAGAAGUUAAACCGUGUGUUUGUGAGGCUGACAAGCUAACGCAAGCCGAAAGAGAGGAAGCAGAAAUCAUUUCCAAGUCGUGUGAAAAGGUGGGCAAGCAGUGGAUGAUACCUUACCCCUGGAAGAAAGACCCCAAGCUGUUGCCGGAUAAUAAGCCAUUGGCGAUGAAACGGUUGGAAAGUACGGAGAGACGCCUUAAGAAAGACCCAGAAAAAGGAGUGGCUUAUGACAAACAGAUGGAAGAAAUGAAGGAGAUGCAGUUCUCAAGAAAGCUGUCCAGAAAAGAAAUGGAUAAUUACAAAGGCCCGGUGCAUUACAUCCCACACCAUGCCGUUAUUCGACCUGAGAAGAAGAGCACACCCGUACGAAUCGUCUUCAACUCCUCUUCAGUCUAUCAAGGUCACGCACUGAAUGAUUAUUGGCUUAAGGGGCCUGAUUUGUUGAACAAUCUGUUUGGAGUAAUCUUGAGGUUUAGAGAAAAAGAAGUAGCAGUGAUGGGUGACAUAUCCAAAAUGUAUCACCGUAUACGCAUCCCGGAAGAGGAUCAACAUGUUCAUCGGUUCCUGUGGAGAAACUUGGAAACGGAAAGAGAACCUGAUGUGUACGUAAAAACAGUCCUGACGUUUGGUGAUAAGCCAGCGCCUGCCAUGGCUCAAAUUGCGUUAAGAAAAACAGCUGAAGAAAACAAGAAGGACUACCCAGAAGCAGCCGAGGUGCUCACAAAGAAUUCCUACAUGGAUGAUAUUUGUGGUUCUGUAGACACUGUAGCACAAGCUCAGAAGUUGACAAGAGAUCUAGACAAAGUACUAGACAGUGGAGGGUUUGGCGUGAAGGGCUGGACGUCGAACAAACUUCUAACCAAGACAGAAAAUCAGGAAAAUGAGUUCAAGAUGUUCCAGGAAGAAGUUGAAGAAAAGGUGCUUGGAGUGAUUUGGAAUUAUGUUACAGAUGAGUUCAGCUUCAAAGUUAAAGUGGAUUUACUGUGCCUGACAGAUUAUUCAGGAGACCGUGGAGUAAAGAUGACCAAGAGAACUCUUCUCAGUCAAGUUGCCCGCUUCUACGAUCCCAUUGGAUUCGCUGCCGCAUUCGUCAUCAGAGCCAAAAUAGGUUUACAAGAACUGUGGCAGAUUGGUCUUCACUGGGACGAUGAGCUUCCAUAUGAUGUAAAGGAUAAGUGGAUCCAGCUCUUCAAGGAAAUGAAGGAACUUGACCGGAUUGGUUUCAAGAGGUGCCUGGUUCCACCCGAAACUCCAGAAUUACCAGUACUGUGUGUCUUCUCAGACGCCUCACAAGAAGCCUUUGGGGCCUGCGCGUACAUCCGCCAGAAAACGAAACAAGGCACCUAUGAAGUAAACUUCGUUGCCGCUAAGUCUAGAGUGGCACCCCUAAAGCAACUAACAAUUCCACGCCUGGAAUUACAAGCAGCCGUUCUCGCCUCCCGCCUCGCGAAAACGAUAGUGAAAGAGUGUACGAUUCAAUUCGCCGAUGUCAAAUUCUUCACUGACAGCAGCAUCACACUUGCCUGGAUUCAAAGUCCUUCCCGCAGUUUCAAGCCGUUUGUCUCAGCACGGAUCGGGGAGAUCCAGAAUAACUCGGACCCAAGCCAGUGGAAGCACAUUCCCGGUGAAGAAAACGUAGCAGAUGAUGUCUCGCGAGGAUUACAUGUAAAGCAGCUGACGGGUAGAUGGAUGAACGGCCCAGAAUUUCUAAAACUGCCAGAGGAACAAUGGCCAGUACAAACAGCUACACUGCAACAAGAAGGAGAUAUGGAGCGUCGCCACGUUAAUGCUGUCACUACAGUCCCGCCUACAGAUGUCGGAAAUGUAAUCGAUGUGAAGAAUUUCUCCAGUUGGCGGAAACUGAUACGAGUUACCGCGUGGAUAAGGCGAUUAACAGAGAAGAUACGCCUCAGAAGAAACACACUCAGCGGACGAGAAGGACCUCUCAUGCCUGAAGAGUUAAAGAAGGCUGAGAUGUCAUGGAUCAAAAGUGCUCAAAAGGAUUUAAAGAGCCGAAUGAAGAAUGGAGACUUCAAGACAUUAAGCCCAUUUAUAGACGACAAGGGGAUCAUCAGGGUCGGAGGAAGGAUUGACAAAGCAAUCGUGUCCUACGAAGAAAAACACCCAGUGCUGCUUCCCAAUGAGCACAGAAUAUCCCUGUUAAUUACAAGCCAUAUGCACAACCAUGGGCAUCCUGGAGUAGCAACCACGACUGCAAAAAUAAGACGAAAAUACUGGAUCUUGAAGGCGAAUAAGCUCAGUAAGGCUGUGAAAUUUAAAUGUGUUUCUUGUCGAGAAAUGGCACACAAGGCAGAGACGCAGUUGAUGGCAGACCUGCCAGCUCUCCGUUUAGCACCGCAAACGCCUCCGUUCUACUAUUCCUCGUGCGAUUACUUUGGUCCAUACAAUGUGAAGAUAGGGCGCAACAAGACAAGAAAGCACUAUGGCGUCAUCUUCACGUGCUUAAACACAAGAGCCGUCCAUCUGGAACUAGCUGUUGACCUAUCAACAAUGGAAUUUAUCCAGGUGCUAAGAAGGUUUUUCUCUAUCCGUGGAUACCCGGCAGUGCUAUUGAGCGACAAUGGGUCACAAAUGGUUGGCGCAGAGCGGGAAUUGCGCGAAAUGGUCGAAGGUUUAGAUUCUGACAAACUCCGUGAUUUCUGCGCUGAAAGAAGUAUCAACUGGCUGUUCACCGCUCCAGCUGCCCCUCAUCAGAACGGAUGUGCUGAGGCACUCGUCAAAAGUUGUAAGCGUGCCUUGAAGAAGGCAAUAGGAGAACAGGUUCUGAGUCCGUUCGAGUUAUACACAUGUCUGCUAGAAGUCGGAAAUCUCGUUAAUCAACGCCCGAUCGGCCGUGUUCCAAAUGACCCGGAUGACGGCAAAUAUUUAUGCCCGAACGACAUGCUUCUUGGAAGAGCAACACCGGAAGUUCCUCAAGGCCCAUUCCAAGACACGAAAAACCCGCGACGCCGUGUAGAAUUUGUGCAGAAAAUUGUGGAGUCAUUCUGGAAACGUUGGAGCAGAGACGUACUGCCAGCGCUAGUGAUAAGGAAGGCAUGGCAUACAGAAAGGCGAAACGUUCAAGUCGAUGACAUUGUAGUCAUGGCGGACAACAAUGCUAUCCGAGGUAAAUGGACCAUCUGCAGAGUAAUCAAGGUGUAUCCCGGGACAGAUGGCCGAGUCCGUAAUGUCAAAGUAAAAACACCAGCCGGAGAAUACAGCCGCCCAGUCACCAAGAUUGCUGUUAUAUAUCCUGCUGAGGGAUACGACUAA